AUGGGAGUAACUCGACGCGUUAGAAUUCAAAAGUGCUUGAUAUGCGAAUCUACUUUUAAAAGUAGAAAAUUUUUAAAGCAGCAUGUUUUUUCACAUUUUGUGCUAAAUGACUUUAAGCUUAGAACUUAUAAGGACUUAAAGAAGCAUGAUACCACAUUUUUCAGAAAACCUACAAAGAGCGUUGAAGCUGAGCUACACAAAUUUGCAAUUAAGAACUCCAAGAAUUUGGAUGAAGCAAUUUUUAACAAAGAAAAUAUUGAUAUGGAUUCAAUCUGUUUUGGUAUUAAAAGAAGUGAAGAGAGUAUUGAUUAG